AUGGACGGUUUCGCCCCUCGAUCAUCAUCGCGGCCAAGGCCCUCUUCUCGACCGACUACUCCUCUACGACCGAGCUCCCGCUCCUCCUUGCGAGAAGCCCACGGCUACGGGAAUAGCAUCAGCAAUGCCGGAUACACCCAGCCCGCCAUCAAUGCCCUAGAGCCGCAGUUUGCUGAGCUUGCAGACUCUAUGGCAGAUCUAGAGGCAAACUUCAUGCACCUCCAGCUGAUGCACGAGAGCCUGACGCGCUUCAGUGACAGCUUCGCCAGUUUUCUGUAUGGCCUAAACAUGAAUGCAUUCUGUGUGGAUUUCCCCGAGGCCCCAAUUGCGGAUUCGUUCCGGAGAGCGAAGCAGGCUGAAGCACAGAAGGAGGCUGAGAUUGAGAAUGAGGCUGCGCGACCAGCGGAAGACGGUGAAAUGACUUUCUUAACGACGGACACAUCCUUUGUCGAGCACCCACCUAGCACGAUCUCCUCCAAACCGACAUCCAAAUACUCAACACGGGGUACAACACGCGGAACAACACGCGGUACCACUCGAGGUACCACUCGAGGUACCACUCGAGGUACCACUCGAGGUACGACGCGUGGCGCGGCAACUAGCCGAUAUACAACACGAGGCUCUAGCAGUGCGCGACCGAGCGCUCUUCCCCGAGGCCGCGGAAUUCGGUGA